CGGAUGAUGCCAUAAUACCAUUCCUUGUUGGGGGGAUUUGUUUUACCUUGUUCGUGGUACAUACAGUACGGAUAGGGGGUUGGAGUUGGAUUUUGAUGACUUUGAUGAAUGAAGGUGCACACGGGCCGACAUGAUGAACACACAUACAUAUAUGGAUAACGGUGUUGAACGAACCUUUUUGGCUGGUUGGUUACUUGGUUGGUUGACGGGCUCACUCUUUAUGACUUAUUGUAAUGACUUUAUAUAUUUAUUAUUAUUAUUAUCUAUUCUCUUGUUCAUGAGCUGUCUUUGUCUGCCAAUGCUGGCUCACGUCGACAGGCCAGGAUUUCGAUCUAGGGACAAGAAGCAUGAGGUCUGUCUCGACUCUAUUGAACGAACUCGUCAUGUUGAGACAUCGAGGAGUCAGGAUAUGCCUUCCUAUCAAGCCACCCUGAAUUUGUUCGGGGAAACGAUUAUGGGGCCGGUUCGAGAUAUCGCUCAGUCGAGAAUGCUUCUGAACGCUACAAAUUCAGUCAGAACACUUGUCUCUAGCCAUAUGUCUUCACGUAGCGUAGUGUUAUGUACGGUACCUAUUUUAUUGUUUUUCGCCUUUUUUUAGUGAUUUUCGGUUUUUUUGAUUAGUUGGAAAAUACGCUGUUGGUCCAGAUCGUCAUUAUACCGUAUUGAAACUUAGUAAUGGCUUUCACUAUCAGGGCACCUAUGCGAUCUGCUUAUCUUUAUCUUUAAUAGGAAUCUAAAGUAGGGCAGACG